GUCGCACGCCACUCCGUUUUGAUCGGUGCUUCCAGUGCACGGGCCUUAGCCAAAAGGUACGCCGGAGAGUGAGCUGAAGACUCCUAUCGUACACUCACGAUUAAAAUCAACCCCCGCGUAGCCCUUUCCCUCGUCCAAUAAAAAACACCAAGCAAAUGGAAAUACUCAUCCCCGCGACAGUUAAUUGAAUUCCCUAGACUCAAGUACGUGUGUUCCAUCGUAGCCGUUAAACCAUUGAAAUAAAUUCAAUCAAAGUGCGAAAAAAAAAAAAGUGAUAAAAAAUCCGAGUCAACGUAUUUUCCAGUGGCACAAAUCGACGAAUUUCCCUCCCCCGUUGAUUAAAAUUCCCAGUGCAUUUGUGUACAUCGCUGGAGCAUCUCGACAAUUCAACAGAGUGAGGAUUGCGAUGAGGACCGAGGGGAAGCCAACUGAGGUGAGAAGUGUCCGAUAACCUCACAAUUCCCUCCCCGAGCCCUUCGGCCCACCCCUGGGAAAAUUGAAACAGUAACAAAUCGUUGUUUUCUUAUUAAUUGGCCCCCCCUUUCCCUGCCCUCCCUGUUCGGUGUGUUUUGUCGGUGGAGACAAGUGUCUGUGUGUGUGUCGGCCAUUGCUUCUCUCGCUUCCUACCGCACGACGAGGAGAGCGAGGAGGACUCGAAGGCGCGCGCUCAACGUGUGUCAACUCUCUCCUCUCGUUCAUCCAGGUUCUCUAUUUUUUAAUCCCUCUACUCCACGAGAGUAGACCUCUGUCACCCCCGUGUCGUGGGGAAAAAAAAACGUGGAUUGUCUUUUUUUUUUUUUUUUUUUGGACAUAAUACUCCCUCAGUGUGGAAGUGUGUCCGGGUGCAAGUGAAAAGCCCCUGUGCAUGUGUUUACGGCGUGGAUUAUGGAGGAAUAAUGUUACCGGGUUGGAUAUGAGAGGAAUUUCAACGAUUGCAAGGAGAGAUUUCUGUAAACUAGGAAACAAGUUCUGAGGGAAGAGGGAGAAUAUAAAUAACUCCUGAGAGAAAAGUUAUUCGUGAAACAAUUGGAGUUUUUUUUUUUUUUUUUUUUUCUCCGUUGAAAGUUUUUCGUCGGAGGGCGAGGGAGAGAAGGCACGAAGGAGGAAAAUAAUACUCGAGUGGGACAAAUUGGAGGAAGGAGUGAGGGGGGUUUUUGCAGCCCCGUUGGGCGCAGAUGGGAGCUGGUCUUGGAGAAUCCGACUGGGUGAUUGUACCCGGAGUUGGACGUGCGUUUUUUGAUAAUAUCGGUGGGAAUUGGACGACGAGACGUCCGCACCCACGACGCAAAGGUUAUUCUAACAUAAUCAGGCAGAUUAAACUCGAUCAAGCUGGAAUUGAUGGAGUUGGAGAAUAUCGUAGCCAACACUGUUUACCUCAAAGCGAGAGAAGGUGGUGGUGACAGCAAUAAGGGGAAGAGUAAGAAAUGGCGGAAGAUCCUGCAGUUUCCCCACAUAUCACAGUGCAUCGGCCUAAAAGAUAAGCUCGACAUUAGAUACGAUUAUCUAGUUGAUCAACAACCAAUAGGACGUCUAUUGUUUCGUCAAUUUUGCCAGGAUCGCAAGCCAUCCUAUCACCGUUACAAUUUAUUUCUCGAUGCUAUUGAAAAAUACGAGAUUGAACUGGAUGAAAAUCGAACUGAACUUGCCAAAGUACUGUUUGAACAGUAUCUCAAGAAUGAAGGCUCGGAAGUUGUCGAUAUACUCAAUAACUCAGUGAUAUCGCAGUGUGAGGAGCGUCUUGGUACUGGUGGAAAAGAACUAUUCACUGAGGUCCAGCAGACUGUUAAAAAUUUUCUCGCUGGUGAACCAUUCUCUCAGUUUCUCACGAGUUUCUACUUCUACAGGUACCUACAAUGGAAGUGGCUAGAAGCCCAGCCAGUGACGUACAAGACCUUCAGGAUGUAUCGUGUCCUUGGAAAAGGCGGUUUCGGUGAGGUAUGUGCCUGUCAAGUGCGUGCAACUGGUAAAAUGUAUGCCUGCAAAAAACUUGAGAAAAAACGUAUUAAGAAGCGAAAGGGCGAGGCCAUGGUGCUCAUUGAGAAGAACAUAUUGCAAAAAAUAAAUUCAAAAUUUGUCGUAUCACUUGCCUACGCUUACGAAACUAAAGACGCACUGUGUCUAGUAUUAACGAUAAUGAAUGGUGGUGAUUUAAAAUUUCACAUUUAUAAUAUGGGAGGUGAGCCGGGCUUUGAUAUAAAUCGGGCCAGGUUUUAUGCAGCCGAAGUUGUAUGUGGUCUAGAGCAUUUGCAUCAGCAGGGAAUUGUUUAUCGUGAUUGUAAACCAGAGAAUAUACUCCUCGAUGAUCAUGGACACGUGAGAAUAUCUGAUCUUGGAUUGGCUGUUGAAAUACUCGAGAGCGAUAUGGUGAGGGGUAGAGUUGGUACUGUUGGUUACAUGGCGCCUGAGGUCAUUGACAAUGAAAAAUAUACAUUUUCACCUGACUGGUUCAGCUUUGGUUGUUUACUGUAUGAAAUGAUCGAGGGACAAGCGCCCUUUCGGGCUAGAAAAGAGAAGGUCAAGAGGGAGGAAGUGGACAGACGGGUUAAGGAGGAUCAGGAGAAGUAUUCGGCUAAGUUCACCGAGGAGGCUAAGAGCCUGUGCCAACAGUUACUUAAGAAGAAUCCGAAACAACGAUUGGGAUGCAAGUGCGGGAGGUAUGGGGCUAAGGAGGUGAAACUGCAGAGCUUCUUUCAGUGUUUGAAUUGGAAGAGGGUCGAGGCCGGUAUGUGGGAACCACCGUUUGUACCGGAUCCUCACGCUGUUUAUGCAAAAGAUGUACUGGAUAUUGAACAAUUUUCAACCGUCAAAGGUGUGAAUCUUGACGCCAGCGAUGACACUUUCUACAGCAAAUUCAAUACUGGGAGUGUUUCUAUUCCCUGGCAGACUGAGAUGAUCGAAACUGAGUGCUUCAAGGAGCUGAAUUUCUUAGGACCGAAUAGUACACCGACACCUGAUUUGUUGGUGAAUUAUCCACCGGUUAAUAAUGAGAGUCGUGGCUGCUUUCCAUUUAGGAGAAAGAAGCAAAGUGCAAGAACACGUGAAAUUCCAUUAUCCGAGUGCCAUCUGCUCGAACUGUCACAGAGCCAAAGUUCCGAGAUGCCGGCCAGCUGAUCCAGGAUUAAUUCGGGAAAUCCGAGUACACCGACUAAACGGUCGGACGGUCCCUCGAGAUGCUGCAUCUGAGUUGAGAAUUCAAUUAAACAAGAGGAGUGUGUCAAGUUUGAAAAAAAAAACCAAUGGGUUGAAGAAGAGAAAAUUGAAGGGGAAAAAAAACUAUUGAAUUGAAUUAAACACGAUGUCUAGAUGCACAAAAGCCAUCGGUCGACGUCCUGUGACGCUGCAGCGAGCGAAAUAUACGCGAAUCCCUGGGCUAUUACGUAAGCACAUUCUUGGGACGCACACAAUUAUUAAAAAUACAUACAGAUGGUUCAAAUGAAUGAUGCACACAACCAUUUUAAAAAAAUGAAAAAAAAAAUACACAACCGAAUAUGGGAGAACGUUCCAGCCAUUUGACGCACGUACAAACACAAAACGCACUCAUCUCAUUACAAUAUCUCUUCGCUGUAUUUUUUUUUUAGUUUUCUUAACUCGAUACGUCGCUGAAGAUCUGGAAAACUUGUUGGAGCAUUUAAUUUAUCGUGUCAUUAAUUUUUAUCUUCACUCGCUUGAUGGAAACAAAGUGAGUUUACUGUGCAUUACGAAUCUCUUGCCCCUGAUCGUAUCUGUUAGGGGGGAUAAAAAUCGUGUGGUCUGAUGAAUCAAAGGUCUGAACAAAAAACAUUAACUUAAUAAUAGUCAUUUGCAAUUUUUCUUUAGAUAAUAGUGGAAUUGACGUCGGUAACUGGACGUCUUGUGUGGAGUCAAUAAUGUUUAAAAUCACUGGGCAAUUCUUAUUACAUUUACUCUAUUCUGUUGUCAUUGUUUUUACGAUCAUUGGUUUUUCGACAGUUUUAUUGAAUGAUCAUUAACUAAGUUGUCAAUGUUUUUACAUUUUCAAUGAUGAAAAAAUUGAGGAAGAGUAAUGAUAAAAGGCCAAACGUGCUGAUCUGAUCAUGUUCAACAAGUGGAAUUGAGGGCACGUGUCAUUAACACAUGUCAGAUCUCUUUUUUUUUCAAUUAUUGGAAUUGGCACUACAAUCAUCCCGAGAGUAUCACUACAUAACGAGUUAUCGAUAGCAAGAAUUCGUGAUAAAAAAUAGUUGAUGGCAAAAAUUUUGUGCAAUUUCGUUGGUUUUUUUUAACUCUUUUCUGAUCUACUUUUCUCACUUUUUUCCAAUGAUCAACUUGACAACGAAUAAUUUGUUAGUAGAUUAGUUCUGUGAACUUUGCGUCGAGCGUAUAUAUCGCUGUCAUUGAAACGAAUGAGAUUUCGUUGUAUUUUAAGUUUUGUUUUUUAUUCACACGAGGGAAAAAUGGUUUUAUUUAUAAAUGUGUAGGUGACUUUUUUCCCCACGUGAGAUUGACUUCUAUCAUUCCAGAUAUCAUAAUUUUGUUGUUCACACUUCAUUUCUCAAUUUCUGUCUGUCGUAUUUACGUGUCUGUGUCAAUGUGUGACUGGUCAUUUGGGAUAUUGUCUCAAAUGACAGCGAUUUAAUUUUCACAAUUCGUCCUUCAUUUCUCAUUUCUCUCAGUAAAUUAAGUACAAUGUCGGUGUAAGCGUUUAGAUGUGUAAAAUAAUACUUAUUUAUAUAUUAUACAUAAUUAGGUGAUAAUUACGAUGGGAAGGAUACAAAGUAGGAGUAAGAGGAGGGGAAAACUCAUGACGACGGUUUUAUUUGAUAACUCUUAUAGCCGUCCUCGAUUUUUGGAUUAAUAUAAAAUUGUACGUAAUUUAUUAUCUUCACGUACGUUAUUGAUUUAUGAUACAAUGUCUUGUUUGUAAAUACGGGAAUUCAUGAACGUGAUUGGCUCGAUGGCAUUUCUCACAUUUACUAUUUGAGGAUUUGAAAUUUUGAGAUUAAAGUGACGAGAAAUUUAUUGAAUAGAUCUUGCAGUGGAAUUUAUCUGGAAAUCUUACGUUUUUUGGAUUUUUUUCCGGGGAAAAAUAGAACGUUGACAUUGGCUUAAUUAAAAUUAGUUAGUUUCGGUAUUUGAAUUAAAAAUGGAAAAAGUACUAUAAGAUGUUUUCAAUUGACUCAAACCGUUGAUGGUUGUUGAAAAAACGUUCUCUGUGAAGUAAAGAAAAUAAGUCGAAUGAUUUUCAGUUUUAUUCUAAAAAAGAAAUUUAUUAAAAUUUUUAAACCUACAAAGACUUAUAAAUCCUCAAAAAAAAUACAAAACGGCCUCUAAUGCUUCAAGUGUUCUGUUUCGAUAGGUAAAAUCAUUAGAAACUCCAUUGAACUCAAUGGUACACACGAUUAGUCUCCAUCGAAGUAACUGUAAUGCCUAAUGGAUUUGCCAAGGCCUACUCAAUUUGUUUAACAAUUUUUAUUGAAUUCAAAUGUCAUAAUUUGACAUUCCAAAGCCAGUCGAUUAUUAUCGCUGAUACUUGCUGAUAAUUCGCCGAAUAAAAGUCGAAUUUUCAAAUGUCUGACGUUAACCACAUACCUUCGUUUUGACAUCAAGACACUAGUCAUGAGAACAACUAAAAAAUAAUGAACAAACGUCAGUGAUUAUUGAUGAAAAUUUCGGCAAUCAAUAAUAGGGAAGUCAACAAAUUACCUAGCACAAAGAAUUAUUGUUCUGUUCAUCGCCUCUCGACGAAGCCAAAUAACAAUUCUUUUAUAAUCUUCUAUGUUGUACGAGAGAUACGAUAAAUCACGUGGACAAAGUUAUAAAUAUAUAAAUACGUAAACCAUGGAAAAAUUUAAUUUACUUUUUCUAAGUUAUUAUCCGACGGAUAUUAUAUGCGUUAUGUAUUUCUAGCUCCGAAUUUAUACAUACCAAUUGUAGAUUAAAAUCGUAUAAUCAUA